UUUCAUUCAUGAUUGCCAAAUCCAGUGCGGUCACUGUUCCACCUUGCGGUAAUUCGGUUGUAGCAUUCACGUCCGCCUUGUGUCGCAGCAGACACCUGCAUAUAUCCAAACCGGCAGAAUCUUCACUCCAAGAAGCAGCGACUACCAGGUGCAGAGGUGGGACAAACCCGGGCAAACCAAUGAAAUCGGGAACGCAAACAUUCUUCUGUUCCAUGGAGGAGAUGCAGUCUGUGGUGGUUGAUCAACUAGCCU